UUCCCUCUCUUCCAUUCCUCCCUCCCAACGUAAUAUCGUCCACUGACCUGAGAGCAAAUAACUCUACAUAUACAAGUUGGGUACCUCUAGAACAACAGAAGCAACAGGCACCGUCGAGGUCACAGUCGCAAUACCACACAUCCAACAUCAUAGGGCCCCACCACCAUCCAGACCUAAUCAGGGCACUCGAGGGAAUCUCUUUUACCGACAUACAUCCAAUUCCCAGUACAUAACCACUCUCCAUCCGAAUCGAACGAAAUCUCCCAAUUUGCUUCUGAGCCCCUCCAGACCUUCCAAAAAAGAUUGUGGGUUCCAGAAAAAGAAGGGUGGCGACAGCUUGACGGAAUUUCCAUUAUAAACCGCGAAGCUCCUGUACCACCCAACCAGGCGAACCGAAGCGCAUUGAAGUGGAGGUUCGAGUCGAAGCGAACCACACACACACACACACCGACCACACCAUCAGCACAGCACAACAAGCAGCAGUCGCCAGCAUCUGGUUGCUCAGUCGCUGCCCGACGAAAUUGACAGUCGCUUCCGAAGAAGAAGUUGUAUAAAAACAGGCCCAUUCGCCUCUUCAACUUUUGUUGGACCCUCCAACUCGACAUAAAACUCGACACAGGUUUUCGUGCACGCGCGUCCUUCCACACCGGCAUACCACCGCCGAUCAGUAACGCAUCAUAUACUGUCGAUCAUCCAUCACUACCCCUUAUUUCUUCAACUUUUCUUGAACGGUUGGGGCGAAAGAGAACGCACGGAAUCGGGCGAACCAAGCACGCACGACUCGUCGGACAACAAACAACAACAACAGGCACAACACCAAAACAGCUAUCCUCAAGCUAUCCCAAGCUAUCCUCGAGUCUUGCCUCACCAAUACGUCAGAGCUACACCACUGUCGGAAAGCAAAAAAAAGGGACGGACAAAACCACCGAGGCACCUCGUUCACCUCCGGUCGCUUUCAAGAAGAAAACAGCACACACGUCCGAUGAUCCGGCCAUUUGCGGUACUACCACCAUUACCAUCAUCAUACUACAACGCAGCAGCAGCAGCAGCAGUAGCAGCAUCAUCAGUAGUAUCUCUGCAGACAUCAAACCUGCAACAAGCACAACAAGCACAACGUGCAUAUCUUCUCUACCUACAACCACAACCACAACAAUCAUAACUCCUUUUUCUUUAUCUAUCCAACCCAAACAACCUUCAAAAUGAACACCUACCUAUCCCACCCUUCUUCCCUCUCCUUCCACUCCAUGCCCGAACCCCCCUCCUCCAUCACAUACCACAACCACGUGAACAACAACCGCGACCUGGCCCUCCAGACCUACCUCGCUCUGCACUCCCAGCACGAGUCCCUGAUCCAACACCUCGACGAACUCCGCCCUUCCAGCCCUUCCACCUCCCCCACGCGCUCCGGCCCCCACCAUUCGCACGACGGCGGCCGCUCCUCCCCGCUCCCUCGACAGCGUCAACGUAGCGGAUUCGGUUGUAUGUCCGCUACCGCCACCGCCACCGCAUCCACCUUUGGCGGCAGUUCUUCCUCGCUCGUUGGCUCGUCGGCGUUGGAUGACCAGACGACGCUGCUGCACCACGCAGCCGAAGUGGCGCUAGAAGAGGCCAAGCUGUGCGAUGUCAACGAGGGCAUCAAGCGCACGUUGACGGAGCUGUUGAACUGCGAGGCGACGAGGGGAGAAGGGAACAGGCAGUUUCGGAGCUGGGUGCAGGGACGGUUGAUGGAGGCGGAGAGGGAGCUGAGGAGGGGAAGGAGGAGGAGGAGUGCGGGAUCGGCCUGUGGGGGUGAGUAAAAGGCGGAAACUAUGGGAAUUGAGCAGAAGAGGUUCAGUUCAGUUUACAGACAGACAGGAUGACAGCUGCGGGCUGUCGUCUGCAUUUUUGUUGGCAGCAGCGACGAAAGCUGCGUUUACGCACGGCGUCAUCUGCAAAACUGUCUGUCACGACGACGACGUCUUUACUGGAUUGACAGUCUACAACUUGGGAAGCGUCCAUCCGCCUUUCCCGAUUUUCUUGUUGGAUCGCCCGAGGUUGGCGGACCACAUUGUUUGUGUCUUGCAUGGACAUUUUGUUACGACUUGGCUUGCAUCUUAGCUUGGAGUUUACGGAUUGUUUGGUUCCUUGUUUAUUGUUGUUGCGCGUGGAGUUUUUCUGUCUGGACUUUCUUUUUGUCCCUGUCACAUUUGGUCUUCGGACUGAUUAUUGUCGAUCGAAACUUCGAAACCAUUUUCAACAACUCUCAUCGGGAAACACCGGCCAGUAAUAUGGAGCAAUCUUGAAUUGUGUCUCCGUCAUGCAAUGACAUCGACAUUACCAAUUUCUAUGGACCCUUGUUAUGGAGCCACACCCAGUUGGAGCAUCUCGCUUCGCCCAGCCGCCGAGGAUCCGGGUUCGAGCAGAGGGUUCGGGAAGCAUGGCAUGAAUCUGAAUCCGGGAGAAGUGGACUCCCAGCAUGGCUGUGUCGCCGUGUUGCGAGAUGGCGGAAACAUGGGACAACCAUGUUUGGCAAAUGGUCGGAUAAUUUCGCCCUUGGCAAUCAUCGCGACGACAUUCUAUUUUCGGGACUAUUCGGCGGCGGCGGCGGCGGCAGGCAGGCAGAUGAAUCGAAGCACGGAUCAGGGGAGGAAUCGAGUGUCACUAGAGUGGGAAGCAUGAUCAUCAUCAUCAGUUCAUGGAGGAUUUCAUUCAACCAACAAAGCAUGUUAUGGAAAUUGGGGGGGACGAACGGAACAGAAAGGGGACAGACAAAAGCGGCAUUACGAACCAGGGAUUAGUCGCAUCACCUGUCUAUGCAUAGGGAAGCAGAAAACUUAUUAUUUGUUUAUUUGUAAUUUUUAGUGUAGUGUUGUUUGGCUUCCAGGUUUUCGAUAUCGAUUUGGCAUUUCUGGGAGGGCGGAAAGAAUGAAGACAAAAAAGUUUCAAUCAUUAUUUCGGAUCCCACUAGAUUCCAAUG